AUUAUGCUCCCAUUUGGCUGCUUCCAUUUCCAUUUACGAAUGUUUCUAAGCUUCUCUCACUAGAACUGGGCUAUAACUUUUCACUUGAUUCCUUCCAAUUCUUUUACUAUUUUCUUUCUAAACGAUGAGUGGUCAGGUGGCUCCAGCUCCGAAGAAGAGCACCAGCACCAGCAGCUUGAAUCAGAAGCGAAAUCCAUCCACUUUGAGAAAAACGUCUUCCCAGACAGACUACGGGAUGAUUAAUGGAGCCAAAUCCAAGCCUUCUUCGCCUAACCAAUCGUCUGGUCUUGGAGAAAGGACGGUGAAAAAACUGAGGUUGUCUAAGGCAUUUACAAUUCCUGAUGGUACAACUGUUUCUGAUGCUUGCCGGAGAAUGGCUGCUCGCCGGGCUGAUGCCGUUCUGUUGACUGAUUCAAACGGAUUGCUUUCUGGAAUUGUCACUGACAAGGAUAUUGUUACAAGAGUUAUAGCUGAAGAAUUGAGAGCAGACCAGACUGUUAUUUCUAAAAUUAUGACAAAGAAUCCUACCUUUGUCACGUCAGAUUCAUUGGCCAUUGAAGCCCUUCAGAAGAUGGUCCAAGGAAAAUUCAGGCAUCUUCCUGUUGUAGAAAAUGGGGAAGUUGUUGCCUUGUUGGAUAUUACUAAAUGCCUUUACGAUGCCAUAUUCAAAAUGGAGAAAGCUGCAGAGCAGGGUAGUGCCAUUGCAGCUGCAGUUGAAGGUGUGGAACGCCAGUUUGGAAGUGAUUUCUCAGCUCCAUCAGCCUUCAUUGAAACACUCAAAGAGCGAAUGUUCAAACCCUCCUUGUCAACAAUUAUUGGUGAAAAUGCAAAUGUUGCAGUAGUAUCACCAUCAGAUGCUGUCAAUGUUGCUGCCAAGAUGAUGCAAGAAUCGCGAGUUAGCGCUGUUGUUAUUGCCCCCGAGAACAAGAUACUGGGGAUAUUGACUUCAAAGGACAUCCUUAUGCGAGUGGUUAGCCAGAAUCUUUCACCUGAGUUGACUGCUGUUGAAAAGGUGAUGACUCCAAACCCUGUAUUUGUGACCUUGGAGAGUACAAUCCUGGAAGCAUUGCAUAUCAUGCAUGAUGGAAAGUUCUUACAUCUUCCUGUUGUAGACAAAAAUGGAAACUUUGCUGCUUGUGUAGAUGUUCUCCAAAUCACUCAUGCAGUAAUAUCUAUGAUUGAGAACAGUUCUGGCGGUGCAGUUAAUGACAUUGCAAACACAAUUAUGCAGAAGUUCUGGGAUUCAGCAAUUUCCCAAGAACUACCCGAUGAUUAUGAAAAUAAAAGUGAGAUGUCCAUGCCUGAGGGAAUGACACCUGAUGGGGCAGAACAUGGAAAGAAUUAUCCAUCUCUUGGCAUUGGAAACUCAUUUACCUUCAAAUUUGAAGACUGCAAUGGUCGAAUACACCGAUUUAAUUUUGGCACUGAGAAUCUUGGUGAGCUUCUUGCUGCUAUAGUUGUAAGACUUGGCAUUUCUGACAAUCAAAGCCGUCCUCAUAUUUUGUAUCAAGACGAUGAAGGCGACAAGGUUCUCCUUACAAACGAUGCUGAUCUUGUUAGUGCUGUUGGUCAUGCGAAAUCAGCAGGGCUAAAGGUCCUAAGAUUACAUUUUGAUUAUCCAGAGGUGAAAAGCGAGGAAACUAGCGAGUCAAAAGACACAAUUGAGACAGAAAACAGAUGCAUUACGGAGACAGAAAAAAGAGGAAUCCGGUCUCUCCAGUAUAGUAUUUUGGCUGGAACUGUAGCUGUGGUGGGAAUUGGAGUGUUAGUAUAUCUGAAACGUGCCAAUCUUGGACCCUUUCUGCAAAGAACAUGGCAAAGAAACCAGAUAAAUAAUUCCACAUAAUAAAGGAUGUGCGGGUUUUCAACCGAAUUUUGGCUGUUGGAUGGUGUGUAUGUAUCCUUUCUAAUUGCAAAUUAUUCCUAUUUGUAAGGCUUCUGUAUGUCAAUUUUAGGCAUGUUUUAUCAUUUGAACAAUGAAAUGAAUGAUAUUCUAGUUGCAGA